AUGCCGAAUAUUCAACCUCACCACCUCACCACCAUCUUAAACACUCUCACUUCAAUCGAUCAGCGACUCACCCGAAUUGAAGCGGCCCUUCUCCUCAACAACAAUGCCGCGAAUAGCAAUGUGAACGCGGACCAAACCUCCAUUGGCACAUCGGCUGCCCCAGCUGCCUCGGUGCUAGCCCAUCCCUCACUAAGCGCCGGUAGCAGAACCAUCACCAACGCCCAAUCUCCCUCGGUCGCACAACAACUGCGCCCACACCCGCCACCACCGAGUCGCACCUCCAACAACGCCCAGCCCGACCUCAUCCCCCUCGACCCGCCUCCACAAGGCUACACCAUCUCCUCACGAGCCAGCAUGCAAGAAGAGCUCGACCACUGGACCAUCCCGCGCGGCUACAGCAUGCGCAUCGCCGGCGCCAAAGUAACCGGCAAGAAGAAAGUCCGAUGGGUAUGUUUCCGGGGCGGCGAGGCGCGACACCACCGACCCCCCGUGGACGAGUCCGUGAUCCAAGCCGCCAAAGCCGAGGGGAGACGCAAGCCGACCACCGAUCGCACCUCCAAAAAGUGCGGGUGUCUGUUCAAGUUCGAGGUGAUUGAGACGGCGAAGGGGUCCGAUCUGUGGACGCUGCAUUAUCCGAAUGAAGAGCACAAGACGCAUAAUCAUGGCCCCUCGGAUCAGACGAGCGAUCCGCGGGCGAGGAAGUUGCCGCUGGAGGUGAGUAGGGAGGUGGAUCGGUGGUUGAGGGAGGGGUGGUUGGUUAGUAAGGUGCAGGAGGAGUUGAGGGGGAGGGGGUUUAGCAAUGUGUUGAAUACGGAUCUUUAUAAUCGGAAGAGGUUGUUGAAGAAGGAGGAUGCGCAG